GGCCGCAUCCAUCCACCGAGAACCCAAAAAAAUCUGCGAUCGGCCCGGCCACUGCUCAGCCAUGUCCUCGCUCGCCGUCGGCCGAGGGCUGGAGGACCUGGAGCUUUGGCUCGGGGGCCUCUUCACGGCGGCCGAGAUCGCGGCCGCGGACCUGCUCCUGCAGCUGAGCGUCGCCGGAGCCCGACGGGACGACGAGGCGGCGGCGGCGGAGUCGUCAUCGGCCACCACGUGCUCGUCGCGGAGGUCGGCGAACCCGUGCCUGGAGGACCUCGACGCGGAGGCGGAGAAGCGGGUCGUCGUCAAGGAGCCGCCCGUGUCGACGGAGCUGGACAUGAGGGCCAGGAAGAGCUCCGGGGCGAAGAAGAAGAAGAAGCGGAAGAGGCACCACCACCACGGCGACGACCACACGUUCGGGUCCUCCUCGUCGGAGGGGGCGACGAGGUACGGCGGAGACCACUACUAGAGACACAAAGUUUAGUGUAGAAUGGCUUUUGUGUAAAUACGCCUGUCCGUCGUGGUCGUAGCUAGCUAGCUAGCCACCAAUAUUUUCAGAGACGAAACGGAAGAGGACAAACGCUACACAGCUUUGCUUCGACAGGAAGCAGCUGGCUGGCUGGCGCCUCCACUUCUGAAUUUCGAGUUUGAAUCUAGUCUUCAGGGACCUCCAAAUAUCGGAGCUCGUCACUCUACAAAUGCAUUUCCGCUCGCGUUUCCCUCUUCUGCGAUUUGAAUUCGAAUUCAAAUAUCCAGCUUCUCCCCCUGUUUCUUUUCGGAAAGCGCGCACGCACGCACGCGAUGGAGUUGCGGUCCCGGCCGGCGUGUGCGAUCACUAAUGCGAGGUCUUCAUGUUUGACAAGAUACAAGCUGACUGGUGAUCCUGAUGAUGUGGAGUUGGACAAGACAGUACCAUUGUUGCUCUGAAUAUUUGUUUUUAAUCUGGAGUUCUAGACGUAUGCAACCGUGUCCUGAAAAGAACUUUCAACAUAUCUUGGACAUUCUU